AGUUUCGGCCCAAACACGGGUGGGGCGGCCCCUGGAAAUGAGCCCUGUUCUCAAACUAGGGCUGUUUGGAGACGGAAGUGGCCCCACACCUGGCUCACCCCUAGCUGCUGAGGGCGCGGUUUUGCGCGGAGGGCGUUUCUGGGGCUGAAGUUUCAGGGUGGGGGAAGCCGGCUUCCACCCUCAUCAGAGUUCCCUGGGAACUUGAGAUCCGGGCUCCUGGGUCGUCAGCUCUACCCGGCUUCUCCAGUUUUGAAACUGGGGAGCCUGGUGUGUGGUCACAUCCGGGGAGGGCCGGAGGCUCAAAUUGGGGAACAGUGGUAUGUUGUCACUUUGGGGGCCCUUACUGAUCCAUCUGGGGAAGCUGGGAUUCCUGGAUUCCUCUGGAUUGGCGUGUCAUGAGGAUUAACUCAGAACCUCCAUAUCUGGAUCCCUCCCUGGGAUCUGGAACCCCCGGGUUUCUGCGAUCGGGGUGGGGCUCAGGCCGAGAGCCCACAAACCGGACUAGCCAGAGCCUGUUGUCGCUGAGCCCUGAUCUGCCGUCCGACCUCGGAGGGACCGAGUCCUCGGCACUCUGGAGUCUAAACCCGUCUGACUCCAGCCCGUCUGGGGUCGUCCCUCGCCCGCCUGGCCGGUCCACCAGCCUCGUGGAGGGCCGCAACCAUGGCUGGGUGCCUCCGCCCCCUGGCUUUGCACCCUUGCUUCCCCGCUCGGGCCCUGAGCUGUCGCCCUCACCCACCUCGCCUACUGCGACCCCUGCCAACUCCUCCCGCUACAAGACUGAGCUCUGUCGGACUUUCUCAGAGAGUGGGCGCUGUCGCUAUGGGGCCAAAUGCCAGUUUGCCCAUGGCCUGAGUGAGCUGCGGCAAGCCAAUCGCCAUCCCAAGUACAAGACGGAACUUUGUCACAAGUUCUACCUCCAGGGUCGCUGCCCCUACGGUUCACGCUGCCACUUCAUCCACAACCCCAACGAGGACCUGGCCGCCCCCGGCCAACCGCACGUGCUGCGACAGAGCAUCAGCUUCUCCGGCCUGCCCUCAGGCCGGCGGACCUCGCCCCCGCCACCAGGCCUGGCGGGCCCUUCCCUGUCCUCAUGCUCCUUCUCCCCCUCCAGCUCCCCGCCACCACCUGGGGACCUGCCACUGUCACCCUCGGCCUUCUCUGCUGCCCCUGGGACCCCUGUGGCUCGAAGGGACCCCACCCCAGCCUGCUGCCCCUCCUGCCGAAGGGCCUCUCCUGGCACCAUCUGGGGGCCCGUGGGCGGCCUCCUGGCUCGGAGCCCCUCAGCACAAUCUCUGGGGUCCGACCCUGAUGAAUACGCUAGCAGCGGCAGCAGCCUUGGGGGGUCCGACUCGCCCGUUUUUGAGGCUGGGGUUUUCGGGCCGCCCCAGGCCCCUGCUGCCCCGCGGCGACUCCCCAUCUUCAAUCGUAUCUCUGUUUCUGAGUGACAGGAGCCAGCCUGUGACAGAUGAGCUGGAUGUCAAGAGGGAAGUCCUUGUGCUGUGGGAACCUGGGUGACUGAAAUUAAUCCUCUCCCCACAUUCCGAAAUGCAUUAACCCACUCCCCUGAUGGCCUCGCCGGGGCAGGUCCCCAGUGUGCAAGCUCAGUGUUUUAUGGUGUUGGGGACGGGAGUGUUUUUCUGGAGUUCCCAAGAUGUAGCAUAUUUGAGGAAGGCAGUGAGCCCUCCCUCCCGCCCAACUCGUGUCUCCUGCAAUCUUCAGUGCUGUGAAUAGUUGGCCCCCACGGUCCCCUCCCGAAUUUUCAAGUUCCGCUGUGCCUGGUGGCGAUUGGAGCCUCCCCUGGGGGACAAUCCUGGUGCUCAAAUUUCCCUCCAUAAGCACGUAGCCAAAGCCAAUGCCAAAUCCCUCCUCCUGAACCAGUGGGCCCUUUAUUUAUGACGACUUUAUUUAUUCUAAGAUUUUAUAGUAUUUAUAUAUAUUGGGUCGUCCUUCCUUGUAUUUUUCUUCCUUUUGUAAUAAUGGAAACUGGUAUAAUUAUUGGAAGUAUAAUAUAUUAAUA